AUGAGUAAAGAAGACGGCAAGGAGCAACAGAAUGCAGUUGCACUCAAGCUACCCACCUUCUGGACUACCCAACCCCAGGUGUGGUUCGAACAGGCAGAAGCUCAAUUCCACAUACGUCAAAUCACGGCCGACACCACCAAAUACUACUACGUGGUCGGCGCACUAGAUCAAGAAACCGCUGGACACGUCAUCGACUUCCUUCGCCAUCCUCCAUCCGAUGACAAGUAUGAAGAGAUCAAGAAGCUCCUCAGCAAUACCUUCGGCCUAAGCAGACGUGCCAGAGCAGCCAGACUUCUUCACAUGGACGGCCUUGGCGACCGCAAGCCAUCCAUGCUCAUGAAUGAAAUGCUUACUCUGAUGGACGGACAUAAGCCUUGCUUUCUCUUCGAGCAACUCUUCCUGGAGCAGAUGCCCGAGGACAUACGCCUUUUGUCGUAUUGUUCGAUGUGUAUUGCUCGUCAGGCUUAG